AUGUUGUAUACCCUCAGUGUGACCAUCCUUGCCAUCCCUACCGUAUUGGCUUGGGGUCCCGACGGUCAUGCUACUGUAGCUGAUACUGCUAGCAAGUACUUUAAUUCUAAUGCCGGGAAGGCUGUUGAUGAGAUCAUGGGUGAGGGCACUAGACUAGCCGACUACUCUACUUGGGCUGACAGUGUCCUUCAUGGUCCUGAUAAGGCUGAGUGGAAGUGGUCCUCUGGUUUACACUAUGCAGAUGUUGAUGACUGCGAGUUUGUCUAUUCUCGUGAUUGCAAGGAUGACUAUUGUGUUGCUGGUGCUAUCAAGAACUACACUCGUCAGGUCGUCGAUGAGACGUUGCCAAUUGAGAGCCGUCAGACUGCUUUGAAGUUCCUCACUCACUUCAUGGCUGAUGCUCAUCAGCCUCUCCAUGCUGGUCGUUAUUCGGAUUAUGGUGGAAACUCCAUCCAUGUGGACUAUAAGUUCGCGGAUAACAAGUCGGCCACUUUACACAAGGUUUGGGACGAGAAGCUUAUUGACGAGUUCGAGGGCUCCACAUAUGGUAACCAGUAUGUUCAACAAGACUUCAACUACGACACCCCCGUCGCCGAGAGAGAUGUCUUCUGGGGAAUCACUGAAGCUGAUCUGGAAAAGGAACUGGCAGAAGGCGGUGCUUUCCAUGAUAAGAUUCCCAUGUGGCUUGAGGACUGCGAGAUGAACGGUCUAGAUGAGUGUGUUAAUACGAUGGUUACCGAGACGGCCGCUGCUGCUUGCGACUUCGCCUACAAACAUGUCAAUGGUAGCGAGGUUCUCGAUGAUGAUGUUCUUCCUAUGGAGUAUUACGAGCAACGCUUUAACACUGUUAAGGAGCAACUCGCUAAGGCUGCUGUGCGUUUUGCUUGGGUCAUGAACAAUGCUUUCCCUGAGGAUACUACUGUCACUACUACUUCUGCUCCUCGUGAUUGCAGUGAGGCCGACAGAAAGUGCGAGCUUAGUUAUCCUGGUUCGUACUGCAAGUAUUGGCAGACUAUUCCUGUUUGCUUCGGCAGUGAUAUUCCGUGUGCUUGCUAGAACGUUUUGAUUCAUGUUAAAUCUCAUUCAUGUUAAAUACUGUAUGAUAUCGUGAUG